GGCUUCUUCUGCCAAGUCUACGUUUCUUCCUUCCGCCAACGCGGCAUCCCUCCUCCAAAAUGCAGCUGCCGCGACCGCUGCUGCUGCUCCUAUUGACACUCCUUGAAUUAUCCUCGGCGGCGCGCACGAAGCGGAAUCACGACACACAUCACUACUAUGUCCUAGAGCACUCCGACGCCGCAGGCGUCCCCCUCGCCGACGUCGCUCGCGCACUCGGUGUCAGCGUCCUGGAGAAGGCCGGCGAGCUCCCGAACCACUGGCUGGUAUCCGUAGAGAAGUCGCUGUCCGAGCUCUCCGCGCGCGACGCUGCUCCGGAGGACCCAGUGAUGGCGCGCUAUGCGGAACUCAAGGAGCGUGCGGCGGACACCUCUCUAUGGCGCCGCUCAGAGGAGCGACACGCUCGCGAUGUACUAUCAUCGAUCAAGCACCUUGAGCGGCAGACGCUGCGCCAGCGACACAAGCGCGCACCAGCUCCCCCACAACCCGCCCCCAUAUCCGCCUCGCGCACGACAGCGGACCGCCUGGGUAUCGAGGACCCGCUCUUCACGCAGCAAUGGCACCUCGUCAACGACGAGUUCCCGGAGCACAUGAUGAACGUCGUGCCAGUCUGGGACAUGGGAUACACGGGGAAGGGCAUCAUCACCUCCUUCGUUGACGAUGGACUGGACUAUACUAGUCUUGACUUGAAGGAGAACUUCGACGCAGACGACUCGUACGACUUCAACGACCACGAAGACCUCCCCACCCCCAAACUCUCCGACGAUCAUCACGGUACCCGCUGCGCCGGUCAGGUCGCCGCGGGCAAGAACAGCGCCUGCGGCCUUGGCAUCGCAUACGAGUCCAAAGUCGCCGGCGUGCGCAUCCUCUCCGGCCCCAUCUCCGACGUCGACGAAGCCGCUGCACUCAACUACGGCUAUCAGAACGUCUCGAUCUACAGCUGCAGCUGGGGGCCGCCAGACAACGGCCGCUCCAUGGAAGGCCCCGGUCAUCUCAUAAAGAAGGCGGUUCAUAAUGGCAUCAACUACGGACGCGAUGGGCUUGGCUCGAUCUUCGUCUUUGCCAGCGGCAAUGGCGCGGGCUCGGGCGAUCAGUGCAACUUCGACGGCUAUACGAACAGCAUCUAUUCAGUGACUGUAUCGGCGAUCGACCAUAAGGGUCUCCACCCGUACUACUCUGAGCCUUGUGCUGCGAACCUCGUCGUUGCAUACAGCUCUGGCAGCGGGAAGCAGAUCGUGACGACCGAUCGUGGGGAGGACAAGUGCUCUUCCUCGCAUGGCGGAACCUCUGCUGCCGCGCCUAACGCGGCCGGCGUCUUCGCCCUCGCUCUUGAAGCCCGUCCCGAUCUGACAUGGCGUGACAUCCAGUACCUCUGCGUGCAGACCACCCGCCAAGUCAAUCCGGAUGAUCCUGACUGGGAGAACACCUUCUCUGGCAAGCCAUAUAGCUACAAGUACGGCUUCGGCGCGCUCGACGCGGAGGCCUUCGUGAAGGCCGCGCAGGGCUGGCAGCUUGUCAAGCCCCAGUCGCGCCUUGUCACGGAUCCUGUCGUGCUUGGGAACGGCACGAUGACGGAGACGGGCGAGUACUCGGGUGGCGAGUUCAUCGUUCCCGGGGGCGUUACGAGCACGCUGGAGGUCACGCAGGAGAUGAUGGCGGCGUCGAAUCUGGAGACGCUCGAGCACGUCAACAUCAAGGUCUGGAUCAACCACGCUCGCCGGGGCGAUGUCGAGGUCGAGCUUGUCAGCCCACGCGGGGUGAAGAGCGUCCUCGCCGCUGCACGGAAGAACGACGAUGACACGGAGGGUUUCCCUGGAUGGAUGUUCAUGAGCGUCAAGCACUGGGGCGAGGAUGGCGUCGGCACCUGGACCAUCAAGGUAUCCGAUCAAGGUGUGCCCGACGAACGAAACGGCACCUUCCUCGGCUGGAAUAUGGUCCUUUGGGGCACCACUAUCGACGAGUCGCAGGCCGUGCUGUACGAUGCUCCUGUCGACAAUGUCGUCUUCCCGCCUCAGCAUGUCGAGCCUCCCUCCCUCACCAUCACUCCCUCCGCCACUAAGCAGCUCACCAAGCCCACCAACGGCCUCGAUAGCGAUCACCACACCGUCGAAGGCGAGAACACCGCACCCGCCUUCACCUCCAGCAUACAAGACGACAUCGCCUCCGCGCCCACCGACUCUGCCUCCGCCUCGCCCAGCACCACCCCCACCGCCGACGAGGGCUGGUUUUCCGACAUGGCGAACCUUGUCUCGACACAGAAGUGGUUCUUCGGCGCGAUGGGCGCCGUCGUGCUCUUCGGCGUCGGCGCCGGCGUCUUCCUCUGGCGCCGCCGCGUCGUGCGCACGCGCGAGCGGUACGCGGCGCUGCCCGGGGACGACACCGCGGGCGGCGUGCAGAUGAGCGCAUUAGAUGGGUCGGGUGGCAGCGGGGGCGCGUCGCGCACGAAGGAGCUGUACGAUGCGUUUGGGGAGGUGUCGGAUGAUGAGGAUGAGGAUGCGGACGAGCAGACGCGUCUGAGGGGCGAUCCGCAUGGGGAGGAGGGUUUGCACCAAGGAUUCUUGGAUGAGGAUGAGCACGAACCGCCAACGAGGUAUAGGGAUGAGCCUGAGGGGCUUGAGGCGUCACGCGCAGGGACAUCGCGGUCGGCGUCGGGGAGUCCGAGCGGCAGCUGGGUGGAUGCGGCAAGGCCAUAGUCUGCUGCUACGCUGUCCCGCCGGUGCACUUGGAUUGUUCCGGAGCUCGACCAUAGACGACGCUCGUUUCGCUGUACUAUCCUUUACUAUCAGACUACCUAUCUGUAAUUGCGCGCAUACACAACGGGCGGAUAUUUAUUACCUGGA